AUGAUGAAUGACUCUAUCCUUGUCUCUGUCCUCGGACUGAUAUCCCUGGUUGUAGGAUUACUCACAGCCAGUUAUCGACUGUAUGCCCAUCCGCUAGCUGGAUUUCCUGGUCCUAAGUUUGCAGCCGUUACAUUCCUCUAUGAAUUCUACUACGACGUUGUCAAGGGUGGCAUGUACAUCUGGGAGAUAGAGCGUAUGCAUGAGAAAUAUGGUCCUAUCGUCCGCAUCAAUCCUCGCGAGCUACACGUCAAAGAUCCAUCCUACUACGACGUCAUUCAUGCCGGGGCCUCUCGUAAACGAGCCAAAGAUCCCAAGUACGCCGUGGCUUUCGGGGCACCAAACUCUCUCGUCGGAACCAUAAACCAUGAUCAUCACCGUCUUCGUCGCAGCUACUUGAGCAAUUACUUCUCAAAGCGAUCCAUUACUAGUUUGACACCAUACAUCCACCAGAAAGUGGAUCAAUUAAUCAACCGAUUCGAAAAUGCCUACCAUCAAUCAACAGUUCUUCACUUACAACUGGAUUUUGCGGCCCUUACCGCGGACGUUAUUACACAUUAUUGCUACGGCUGGAGUUAUGGCUACCUAGAUGAUCCCAGAAGUGCACAGAGCAAUGAUCUCGUCGACGCAGUCGCAGGGUUAAUGACGAUGUUCCAUAUUAACCGCUUCUUCCCUUUCCUAUUCACAGUCUUCCUGGCCGCACCACAAGGAAUCGUGCGCUGGAUACAACCACAAAUGGCGAGCCUGUUUGAGGUCAAGGCUAGACUGCGCCAGCAAGCCGAAGAUACCCUCAAGAAGAAAAAGGAUCAAGAUCUUGACUCAUAUGCAAGCGAUACUAUCUUUGACGCCCUGGUGAGUCCUAGUGUGCCUCCUCAGGAGAAGACGUUGGAUCGCUUGGAAGAUGAGUCUGCGUUGCUACUCGGGGCAGGCACGGAGACUACUGCGAGGGCUAUUGCGGUGUCCAUGUUUCAUCUCAUGAAUAAUAAAGAGAUGAGUCUGAAAUUGCGCGAGGAAUUGAAGACUGUGCUCAAGAAUCCUCAGUCUAAAGCUUCAUGGACCGAUCUUGAAAAGCUGCCGUAUCUGACCGGUGCAGUCAACGAAGGUCUCCGCCUAAGUCAUGGUAUGACCUCUCGUCUAGCUCGGAUAUCACCUACCGAGCCUAUGGUCUAUCAGGACUGGCUCAUUCCACCUGGAACUCCCGUCAGCCAGUCAAACUAUUUCGUACAUAUGGAUAGAGAACUUUUUCCCGAACCAGAAAAGUUCGACCCAGACCGAUGGGUUCGUGCUGCGGAGAAAGGCGAGCAUCUUGGCCGAUUUAUUGUCGCAUUCACCAAGGGUAGUAGGCAAUGUUUGGGAAUUAAUCUCGCCUAUUCAGAAAUCUAUAUGACAUUGGCUCAUAUAGUUCGGCGAUUUGACUUUGCACCUUUCGAAACUACUGCUGAAGACCUGGCCGUCUAUCGCGAACAGGGCGUUGGUUUACCUAAAUCCGGGUAUUUUGGCGUGAAAGCCAUAGUCACCAAUAUUAUGCAGGACUAG